GGCCGAGCUGUGGCUGUGGUGGUGGUGGCGGCGGCGGCGGUAGUGGUGGCGACGGCGUUGGCGGCGGCGACGGCGCCCGGGCAGCAGCGGCAGCGGCAGCGGCAGCCCUGAGCAGGGUGAGACGGCCGCGGUGGCGGCAGCUCGGGGUCGGGCGGCGCCUGGAGCUUCCCGCCCGUCGCUGGCGCUAGGCCCCUCGGCUCUCCUCCGCCCGCUCCUCCUCACGGCCCUGGCUGGGUCCCGGCAGCGCGCCCCCGGGGAGGGCGGAGCCGUAGAUAUGGUGUAAGCUAUUUCUUCAAGAUUGGACAGCUGAGGACCUGGUAUUUCUGAUUAGCCUUCAGCAGACUUAUAGCCAUAGAGAAACCUCACAGAGUUCCGUUAUCUUGUUUUCUGCUUUACACCUUUCCUGGCACCUGAAUUCAUCUUGCAACCAUGUAUGGAAGUGCUCGCUCAGUUGGGAAGGUGGAACCAAGCAACCAGAGCCCUGGGCGAUCACCUCGGCUUCCACGUUCCCCUCGCUUGGGUCAUCGUCGAACCAAUAGUACAGGAGGGAGUUCUGGAAGCAGUGUCGGAGGUGGCAGUGGGAAAACCCUUUCAAUGGAGAAUAUCCAGUCCUUAAAUGCUGCCUAUGCCACUUCUGGCCCUAUGUACCUAAGUGACCAUGAAAAUGUGGGUUCAGAAACACCGAAAAGCACCAUGACACUUGGCUGUUCUGGAGGACGUCUGCCUUAUGGUGUGAGGAUGACUGCUAUGGGCAGUAGCCCCAAUAUAGCUAGCAGUGGGGUUGCUAGUGACACCAUAGCAUUUGGAGAGCAUCACCUCCCUCCUGUGAGCAUGGCAUCCACCGUUCCUCACUCUCUUCGUCAAGCAAGAGAUAACACAAUCAUGGAUCUGCAGACACAGCUGAAGGAAGUAUUAAGGGAAAAUGAUCUCUUGCGAAAGGAUGUGGAAGUAAAGGAGAGCAAAUUAAGUUCUUCAAUGAAUAGCAUCAAGACCUUCUGGAGCCCAGAGCUGAAGAAAGAACGAGCCCUGAGAAAAGAUGAAGCUUCUAAAAUCACUAUUUGGAAGGAACAGUAUAGAGUUGUGCAGGAGGAAAACCAGCACAUGCAAAUGACAAUCCAGGCUCUCCAGGAUGAAUUGCGGAUCCAGAGGGACCUGAACCAGCUGUUUCAACAGGACAGUAACAGUAGGACUGGUGAGCCUUGCGUGGCAGAGCUGACGGAGGAGAACUUCCAGAGGCUGCACAGUGAGCAUGAGCGGCAGGCCAAGGAGCUGUUCCUCCUUCGAAAGACUCUGGAGGAGAUGGAGCUGCGGAUUGAGACUCAGAAGCAAACCCUGAACGCUCGGGACGAAUCCAUCAAGAAGCUCCUGGAGAUGUUGCAGAGCAAGGGGCUUUCUGCUAAGGCUACUGAGGAGGACCACGAGAGAACAAGGAGACUGGCAGAGGCAGAGAUGCACGUCCACCACCUCGAAAGCCUUUUGGAGCAGAAGGAAAAAGAGAGCGCUCUGUUGAGAGAGGAGAUGCAUCGGAGAUUUGAGAAUGCCCCCGAUUCUGCCAAAACUAAAGCUCUGCAAACUGUUAUCGAAAUGAAGGAUUCAAAAAUUUCCUCUAUGGAGCGUGGGCUCCGAGACUUGGAAGAGGAGAUUCAGAUGCUGAAAUCGAACGGGGCUUUGAGUACUGAAGAACGAGAGGAAGAAAUGAAGCAAAUGGAGGUCUAUCGGAGCCAUUCUAAAUUUAUGAAAAACAAGGUAGAGCAACUGAAGGAGGAGCUAAAUUCGAAAGAGGCUCAAGGGGAGGAGCUGAAAAAGAGAGCGGCUGGUCUUCAGGCCGAGGUCUUUGCCAUUGGUCAGGUGAAGCAGGAGCUGUCCAGAAAGGACACAGAACUACUAGCCCUACAGACAAAGCUAGAAACACUCACCAACCAGUUCUCAGACAGCAAGCAACACAUUGAAGUGCUGAAGGAGUCCUUGACUGCUAAGGAGCAGAGGGCUGCCAUCCUGCAGACCGAGGUGGAUGCUCUGCGGUUGCGUUUGGAAGAGAAGGAAACCAUGCUGAAUAAGAAGACAAAACAAAUCCAGGACAUGGCUGAGGAGAAGGGGACACAAGCUGGAGAGAUCCAUGACCUCAAGGACAUGCUGGAUGUGAAGGAGCGGAAAGUUAAUGUCCUUCAGAAGAAGAUUGAAAAUCUCCAAGAGCAACUUAGAGAUAAGGAAAAGCAGAUGAGCAGCUUGAAGGAGCGAGUCAAAUCCUUGCAGGCUGACACCACCAACACUGACACCGCCUUGACUACUUUGGAGGAGGCCCUUGCCGAGAAGGAGCGGACAAUCGAACGCUUAAAGGACCAGCGGGACCGAGAUGAGCGAGAAAAGCAGGAGGAAAUUGAUAACUACAAAAAAGAUCUUAAAGACCUGAAAGAAAAAGUCAGCCUAUUGCAAGGCGACCUCUCAGAGAAAGAGGCUUCACUCUUGGAUCUGAAAGAGCAUGCUUCUUCCCUGGCUUCCGCAGGACUGAAAAAGGACUCACGGCUUAAGACACUAGAAAUUGCUUUGGAGCAGAAGAAGGAAGAGUGUCUGAAGAUGGACUCGCAGUUGAAAAAGGCACACGAGGCAGCAUUGGAAGCCAGAGCCAGUCCAGAGAUGAGUGAUCGAAUACAGCAAUUGGAGAGAGAGAUUGCCGGGUACAAAGAUGACUCUAGCAAGGCCCAGGCAGAAGUUGACCGCCUCUUGGAAAUCUUGAAGGAGGUGGAAAAUGAGAAGAAUGACAAAGAUAAGAAGAUUGCUGAGUUGGAAAGGCAAGUGAAAGACCAGAAUAAGAAGGUAGCAAACCUGAAGCACAAGGAGCAGGUGGAGAAGAAGAAAAGCGCGCAGAUGCUGGAGGAGGCCCGGCGCAGGGAGGACACCCUCAGCGACAGCUCCCAGCAGCUGCAGGACAGUCUCCGUAAGAAGGAUGACAGGAUUGAAGAGCUGGAAGAAGCACUAAGAGAAAGUGUACAGAUAACUGCAGAGCGAGAGAUGGUGCUGGCACAGGAGGAGUCAGCCAGGACCAGUGCUGAAAAACAGGUGGAGGAGUUACUGAUGGCCAUGGAGAAGGUAAAACAGGAGCUGGAGUCCAUGAAGGCGAAGCUGUCCUGCACUCAGCAGUCACUGGCAGAGAAGGAAACUCAUUUGACCAACCUUCGGGCCGAGAGAAGAAAACACUUAGAGGAAGUUCUGGAGAUGAAGCAGGAAGCCCUUCUGGCCGCCAUCAGUGAAAAAGACGCCAAUAUAGCUCUUUUGGAGCUUUCAUCCUCGAAGAAAAAGACCCAGGAAGAAGUGGCUGCCCUGAAGCGGGAGAAGGACCGGCUCGUGCAGCAGCUCAAGCAGCAGACACAAAAUCGAAUGAAGCUCAUGGCCGACAAUUAUGAGGAUGACCACUUCAGAUCCUCCCAUUCCAGUCAAACCAAUCAUAAACCCUCCCCAGACCAGAUCAUCCAGCCCCUCUUAGAACUUGACCAAAACAGAAGCAAACUAAAGUUGUACAUUGGACACCUGACAGCCCUCUGCCAUGACCGAGACCCCCUGAUCCUUCAAGGACUCACUCCACCAGCUUCCUAUAACUUGGACGAUGACCAGGCAGCAUGGGAGAAUGAGCUGCAGAAGAUGACCCAGGAACAGCUUCAAAACGAGUUAGAGAAGGGUGAGCGGGACAACUCAGAGCUACAGGAGUUUGCCAACGCCAUCCUGCAGCAGAUAGCAGACCACUGCCCCGACAUCCUGGAGCAGGUGGUCAGCGCCCUGGAAGAGUCAUCAUGACCGUCUCCGUGGGGAGCGGCCAGCCCAGUAGCCCGCUCGAUGAGCCCAGGAGCCGAGAAGGGAGAAGUACGAGGAGGGGGCGCUCAGACGGCUCUUGGCAGCAAACACACACUCCAGACUCUGCCCUGUCUUGGUUAGUCCCGCGAGUGUGGCUCCAGCACCGUUUCUGCGUCUGUCUUCCUAUCUUCCGCUGUUGUCUCUGCGCUAAUUGUCCUGCUGUCCAGGGUGGGUGAGUGGCCGAGCCUCCGUGGAGAGCUGCCAUCCAGCCAUCAGCAGUGACACCGUGGACGCGGGCGGCUGUGCCCUGACAGAGGGACACGGGGGAGAGCCCUCCUCCCUUCUGUCUGUGGCGUGAGGACUAAGUCUGGACUCUGCAGAGCUCAGCUCACUGAGAGACGCCUUCCCUGCAAACCAGGGUGCCGCGUGUUCUAAUGUCCCAACAGGUGCUUUCUCGUAAAAGGGUAAAAAAGACAAAAAGCAAUCUCAAAAAGAGUGUUAAAAGAAGAGACGGUGGGGAGAGAGAACAGGGACAGAGAGCCGACCAACUCUUCUCUUUCCCAUCCGUCCCGGUUGCUCUCCACGAGGGCCGCCUGUGCGGGGCUGCGGGCGGGCUGCGCCGGGGCUCGGAGAUCCUGGCCUCCGGGCCUCACCGGUCCCUGCGCUUCUCCUAGCCUCUGGGGCGAGUCCCUCUUGUUGAGGACCUUUGGCUUGGUGUGUCAGAUCACAUCUGUCACUGACAGAGAAGAGGGCAGUGUGGUCACCCCUGCAGCUCUGCUUCUGUGGAAGGCGACCGGUCCUCGGGGUCGGGCCGGCUUCUCCCAAACCCCUCCCUCGUCAGCAGGCUAGGCCCCAAAGCAUGCGUCUGCCUCGCCCCAGCGCCCGUGCGCCACGCUCAGCGGCCCAGCCUCCCCCCUUCAGCUUUCCUCCUGGCCCAGAGCUUCUGCUUCGGAUGCGUGUUUCUCAUCCCGCACGCAUUCCUUCCCCCUUUCUUUCAUUCGGAUAAUCGUUAUGAAGUGCCUACUGUGUGCAAGUCGCUGUCGGGCACCCAUCCUGGAAGAAAGCCUCUCUGCAGGGAGGGAGGGCAGUCGAGGAUUCUGUGAGACCCACCUGGUCAAGUCAGAACAGUACAAGGCAUACCCUUCCCCUCCCCCAUCUUAAUAGAAGGUAUCUUUUCCAGAAAAAUCUUCCACAAAUCAGCAUUUCUCGUUAUAAUGGAAUUUAUGGGUCGUGGGGGGCAGAGGGCUGAGUCACUUACUCGCCUGCAGGAUCCCAUCUGGUGACUCGGGAUUCGGGGUUUUGUCCCCUGAGAGAGUGGACUGUUUAAUGGGCUGCGCAACAGUGGAUGGUGUUUUCUCUACACGUCCAGGUGCACCUUGUCGAACUCGGCCAGGUCCAUGUUGCAAAUCAGAAAAUUGACCCCAAAGUUGCAAAUCCUGUGGAAGGUAUUGACAUCUUCCCCGAGCGUAGAUAAUGGCAGUCUUAAGUAUCAGGCACCGAGAAGUAGACCACUUCACCCAGCUCUGUAGCCCUUUGACCACCUCUCUGGCCAGACAACCACCAGACACUCACAUCCUGAUAAGAGUUGCUGGGCUAGAUGGGUCUGUCUUGCGUUCUCUCCUUUCUCCCCCCAAGUUCUCCGAUGCUGCCUGUUAGGUCCUCACAGCCGUCAGUCCUGUAUCUUCCCGCCAGCAGCCUGUGACUCUGCCAUUAACCUAUAUGGUCACAUCUCCAGCUGCCCUGACGCCCUGCCGUAAAACAAGCUCUGCCUGUGAGAAGCUGUGGAGUGCUCCUUAUCGAAGGUUUAAAUGGACUCUGCUCAUAAAUUUCUUACUGAGAUGCUUCCUGACAGCCAGGCUGGCCGGAGAGGGGGUGCAGCGGAGGUUAGACAGUAAGUGGUGGCCGUUUGUGGUCAAUUACCUCAAUCCCGUUUAUUUAUGGCACGGCCCAUAAAUCAUGUAGAAAGCCCCCAGUACUUUAGGGCUGGAGUCUCGGAAUCUCACGCUGUCCACCACAGUGCAAGACCUGCGGUAGAACGACACCCUCCCCGGGACCACAGCAGACGGGGGGCGGGAGCAGAGGCCCCGUGCAGAGCAGCGGUGGGCCUGGCCGGCUUUUCUCCAGCUGCUGUCCCGGGUCCUGCUGCCUCCACGUUACCCGUCAGAUACCAUCCCUGCCACCUGCCCUCCUGCCUGCUCUCCUUCCUGUGCUUCCCCUCCAGAGCCUUAUGGGAUUCCUCUGGGCAAGUGCUUCUGAGAAGGACAGUUUCUGGGCAGACGCCAUCUGUCUGUCUCUGAACCACAGCGGGACUCUCCUCGGUGCAUCUUGGGUGGUCAUCCUAGCAUCUCAAAUGGUUCUAGGGGCUGUUUGGUCCUGGAUGAAAGUCGGCUCUGGCUAAAGUUUAAGAGUGAACAAGGACCUGCCUUUACACCACAGGCAAAGUUAACAUAGUUUCUAGCAUUUAGAGUGUCUUACUAAGUUUAGGUCGUUCAUUGAGCCAACAUUUGCUAAAUGCACAAUUCCCACCACACGAGAUCUGUCGUUCCGUGACCUCUUCUGAUAUUCGUGGUUUCACAAGUUCAUGCAGCUGCUACCGAAGAUCUGUAACCUUGAAAACUCACUGCGGGUUACCUGUGAUGUUCACCAAACUCCUCCAUCCCAUUGGCAAGUCUCGUUCCCCUUAGCACCUGAAGAUCUGUACCCAGAUCAAAGUCAUCAUGAAGGGGGAAGCAAGAGGGGGGUGGGUGGCAUCCGCCCUGGGGCUCAGGACAGAAGAAGGACAAUGCGACCGUCUCCUCUUCCCAUGUACCUCCAUCCCAGGCAUUCACUGAGCUCUUGAUGCAGCGUCUGGAUUGAGAUUUGCAAGGACUUGGAUACCGUUUGAAAUGGAAAAGAUUUUAAGUGGGCUUUAACAUGUGAAGAAAUGUGAAUGGGAAUCCCCAAAUCCAUCUCAGCUCUAACCUUGACCUUGUACCUUACCACCUGAAGGCUCCUCUCUUCCUGACACUUGGGCUUUAGAAAUACUAGUGAAGCAGACGGAACCCGAGGCACCUCCAGUGUGGAUGGCGGCAACGGGGCUCGGCCCUUUGUGUCCAUAAAGGUCUGUUGGGUUUUCCGCAGGAGCCACUGGCUCACCCGCUCCUCAGAGGGAGGGGAGAAGAGGAAGGCGUCUCCAAGUUUUGGCCGAUGGCUGGUGGUCAGGAUCGGGAUUUGCUGCUGGAGUCCUGCUGUUCCCACCCGCGCGCCCUCCUGUGGAGCCCACUGUGUAAGCACAGGCCCACGGGUGGCCUCGGGGCCUUUGAGGCAAGAGCAGGGGAGGAGGGAGUGGCCAUGCAGAUGUGGCCCUCGAGUGGUUUUUCCCGAGUCCCCACGAACCCUGCGUCCUGCCCCCGCAGCUUCAU